UCGCCGGGACCGUCGCCAUGUCGCCGCCGCUGCAGCUCACGCUGCUACUGGUGCUGCUGAACAUCCACAGCUCCCUCGGUCAGGUGUUCUUCAAGGGAGAGUGCCCGGACCCGCCCACAGUGGUCGAUUUCAAACUGUGGCUGUUCGAAGGGACGUGGUACGAGACACAGCGAUGGUACUCGAUCAAGGACAAGGGCCACUGUAUGAGACACACGUUCACCGAUCUCGGUUACGGCACGCUGGACGUGCUCACCGAAAUGAACCGCGGAAAAUCGUACGAGUACCGGCGAGGGCUGGCCCGGCUCUCGGUCUCCAAGUCGUCCAAGGGUUACGGAUACGAGAAACACUCGUACGGUCAGACCAAAUACACACUACGCUACGACGACAAGCAGGGUGAAAAGGGAGAUGCAGAAACGUUCUUCGUACUGGAUACGGACUACUGGACUUACGCCAUCAUUUGGUCAUGUAGCAGCAAGAAAUUCUUCAACAUGCAGUACCUGCGGAUCCUGACGAGGUCACCGUACCCGCACUCUCACACACUGCUGAAGGUCUACAGGGAACUCGAGUACCUGGGACUGGACCAGCAGCACCUUACCCUGGUCGACGACAAACAAAAGUGUCACUAUCAGGUGGCCCAGACACACUACAAGAAGGGCUACGGCCACGGCCACGGUAAGGGUAAGGGCGGCGGCGGCGGUCACUCUCUGCCCCGCCCAGCCUACCCCGUCUCCUACACAUCUCUGCUGAGCGAGGUCAAACCGGGCGGCAGCCACGGCGGCGGCCUGGAGCACGGCUACUCCUACGAGCCGGUGGCUACGUACGAGCCUACCGGCUACAGCGGAGGAGGAGGCGGAGGAACGUACGACGUGGGAGGAGGCGGAGGAGGAGGAUAUGACGUGGGAGAAGGCGGUCACUCCGGCGGCGGAGGGUACUCGGGAGGCGGUGCGGACGUAAUCGGCCCCGGUAUCAGCCAGGAGAGCUACUCGGGAGGCGGAGGCGGAUACAGCGGAGGAGGCGGAGGAGGAUAUAGUGGAGGAGGCGGAGGCGGUUACAGCGGAGGUGGCGGAGGAUAUGGCGGAGACGCUGGAGGAUAUGGCGGAGGAGCUGGCGGUGAAUAUGGAGGCGGCUAUGGCGGAGGCGAGGUUGGCUAUGGCGGAGGCGAGGUUAGUUAUGGCGGGGAAGGCAGGUAUUCCGGAGGCGGAGGCGGAGGCGGGUAUUCUGGAGGCGGAGGCGGAGGCGGGUAUUCUGGAGGCGGAGGCGACGGAUAUUCCGGAGGCGGAGGUACCGGGUACUCCGGAGGAGGCGAUACCGGCUACUCUGGCAGUUACGGAGGCGGCGGGGAGGGCUAUUCGGAGGACGUCUCGCUAGGUUACGGCGGGGGUGGCGGCGGAGGGGGCGGCGAGGGCUACAGUGAGGGCGGCUACACGGCCCCCUCCAGCGGCUAUGGCGCGCCCGGAGCGGCGGAAAGCUACAGCGGCGGCGGCGGAGGCAGCAGCUACACCAGCUAUAGCCAGUCGAGUGGCGGAAAGUACUGAGCUGGCAGCCAUGGUGGCAGUAGCUCAUAGCUCACCGAGCAUUGUGGCAGCAUUGGUAUGACUCACAUACCUUUUCGCGAGCUACAUGCUUGGUGACAAACUCUGUGGCAUGAGCUCUUUAGACACCUUCGAGCCGUCUCUCAAGGCAUGAAGAUCUGUGAGCUGUAUAAAUGAUAUGACCUACAACUCUGUGGCUCACAAGUGCAGUAUGGUCUACCGAGGGGCAAGUUAUGAUCCCAGUGUGGCAUGCUGAGCUCUGAGACAUGAGUGGGGCCAUAUCCCGGCUCCCAGACCAUGAGAUACGGCGGUACACACCGCGAGCGGAAUUUGCAUACGAAGUAGUAAUUAGGUGCUCAUCUCGUAUUUAUUUCAGAAGCCUUUGCGACUCAAUUUAUCUUAGCUCAUUGAAUGUUGGCAAUUUUGCUGUUGCUCAAGGGAAUUUUACUGUUGUUACGGUGAAAUAAGUUUCGUGCAAAGGGACUAAGAACGUACCGUCUUUUCGCAAUGUUGUCCCCGCAUGUAUCCAGAAUCAAGCCGGUUAUUGUUGUUUUUGCUACUGUUGUUGUUGUUGACGUUUGUUACAUCGAUUCGUGCUCUUUUGUCUACGGACAGAUAUUCGUGUAAUCACUUUGUACGUGAUCUUUUGUAAAUAUAUCAACACUACCUAUUUAUUGCAGUGUGUGAGAUUCGUUAGAUGCCAAUCAGUUCAAUACAUAAUAAAACAAUGCAUA